ACUUUAAAAUCUUGCGCUGUCUCGCCAUGGCUGGCGUAUUUACAAUGUUGGCAGUUCGCCGACUGUUCAGUAAAAAUAUCGUUUUAAGACAUUUGAAUGCUACUAAGUCUGUCUCGUGUCCAAGUGCCAGAUGUAUUUCAACAGUUGAAGGCGCCCAGAAAACUUACAAACCAAAUUUGGCUCUCCGUGUUUCUGAUGAAAAUGACUUGACUGAUAUAGAUAGGUUUCUGCGCAAACAAAGAAUUAAGGGUGCUUUGUACAGCCGCGACGAAAAUGAGCAGGCUACAGAACGUUUUUGGAGUCGGAUUCUAAAAGCUGGGGAUAUGGACUUGAUCGAAAGAUAUCUAAAUAUGAGAGUCAAAUUAGGACUUCAUAAUGACCCGGAAAAGGUUUUAAAAGAUAUGCGAGGUGCUGGAUUGACGCCUAACUCCUGGAUAUACGCCUCCUUUAUAUCUCAAAGUUGUGCUGUCGGAGAUAUGAAUCAAACAAACUUUUGCUUGCGUAUGCUCCGAGAUGCUGGAUUCAAGCCCAAUCGUUACAUUUUUUCCCAGAUUUUACACGGUUACGUGAAAGCCGGACUACCUGAGGAAGUUUCUUCUACGCAGGAGUUACUAUCUCAAAUAGGUUUGUGGCCAUCAAAGUUUGCAUAUGAAGGCCUUUUGUCCGCUUACGCUGAUAUUGGUGACAAAGACAGUUUAUUACGAACUCUAGAUGAGGCUUACGCUGUACUCCCUUCAAUAGAUGACAAAACAGCAUCCCGUGAAAUCUCACCUAUUUUACUCUUGGAUCUGUACACAAGAUUAGUGUGUUCGUUGGCAUAUACUGAUGCAACGUGCAGUGAGAUUACAACAAAAUUACUUACAACAGAUUACUUUCCGUUGGAGUUUGCUAUUGACACUGUCAAAGUGCUCUUAGCGAAGGGACGCCCAGCUGCUGCUCUGGAAAUUUUCAAAGUAAUACAUAAGUAUCAAAAACAAAAUGAUCAUCUAUCUUCAUUUCCGGUUUAUGCUGCUGCUGGUGGUUUGGAUUACAAGGCACUAGAACCUUUCUGGCAUACAGCUAAUGUGGAUAGUAAAGAGCUGUUUAUGCUUAGAAAUAAAUGUAAAUUGUAUUUCCAUCGGAUCGGUAAAACAAACAAUAAAUUGGGCGAUCAAUUUCAAACCUGUCUUGAAGAGCACAACGUACAAGGCGCUCUUGAUUUAUUGAAGAAUCUAAAUAAAACGAACAUUACAUUAGCGUAUUCAUUGUUUCUACCAAAAUUAAUCCGCUCGGGGUUUUCUUUACAGGACUUAAUCAAUCAAACUCAAGAUCAUGAGAUUAAUAAGGCUUUAGUGUUCGGAUAUGUGUUUAAUAACCUAGUAUCAAUACAAUCAACAGACGAUCUAAAAUCACGUUUAACUAGCUGUUUGGAAUUGGUGAAUGAGUAUCGCGCUAAGGAAUUACUACCGUACAAUGAUGUUGUUCGUUUGGGCAACCCCAUUGUAGUUAAACUGGUGACAAAUAUAAUAUCCGUUUCAGAUAUGGCAGAAAUUGCAAAGUUGAAUAAAUCAACCGUAAUGCAUGACGUUUUCCGCAUUUUCAGCCAUACACUAACAAAACGUUCGUUACGUAUGCUGUACUUGCAAGUUUUCGAAGCUUUGAUGUUAUCCAACCUUCGUUCAUUUCAUGGCAUCCCAAAAAAUAUUGUAAUUCAACUUGUAGCUGAUGUAUGCGCUCAUCAAAAUGUCACGUUUGGUUAUGGUGAUUGGAUAUUAUCAGGAUUGAAAGAUGCCGGUGUACCAAGGCACAUUAUGGCAAAACUUUCUUCUGAUCAAUCUGUGGAACUAUCUUCGUUUUCAGAUCUUAGCGUUGUGCUUUUUGGUGGGCGAACGAGCAACGCAGUCAGAAGAAACAAAAAUGAAGGUUCAUUAGCUAAUCAGAUGAAGUUACCUUCUGAAGAAUCAGUACCAAUUGCCGCCGAAUCACUUGUUAAAGCACUAAAAGAUGAUCCUAAAAAAUUGGAAACGGAAUUAAAAUCUAUUGAAGCUUUAUGGAGUUUACAAAAGAAAUUCAUUUUAUUGAGCUAUCUCGUAAAUCUUGGAUCAAAAGAUCUGGUUGAACGUGUGUUACAAUUUUUGCCUGAAGAACAAAGAAAACAACGUGAACCAAUGAAAUCACUUGCACAUAUAAUAAAGUCAUCCUUAGAAAAUGAUACGGAAAAAGAAUCAUCUUCAGAAAGUGUGAAACAGUCGAUUCAAAAUUUACAAAAUCUUUCACCUAAGGAUUUAUACUCUACAAUGAGGGGUCCACACUUAGAUACACUUUUCAGAUGUUGGCCAACUGAACAUAUUUCAGACUGUAUGUUAUAUAUUAAUUAAUUUUUUUAACUUGUAAAUUCAAUUAGUCACAAUAAUUUAUGGUCAGUUAUAAAAUUUAUACUCAUUGUUAUAAUGUUCUAUUCUCCCCAAAUGCCCUGGUACGGCCGAGAGUGAGGAGAGUCCUGUCUCCCUCUCGAAAUGCUCUCACAUGGCCAUGCGUAUAUAGCCUCUGUCAGGGAAGUUCUACUCAUUGCCUUCUCGUGGCGCGGGUGUUGUUUACGAAAAUGAGAAGACGAAAAGCGAAUGUCCGGCGCUUUGACCGGAAUCCAAACCAUUAGUGCACAUGGCAUCCAGUAUCCCGCGCGAACAAAUGGUCACAGUGAUGUUGGCUGACAGUUCUUUUGAGUUUCAUGUGUUGUCAGACUGUAGGAAUGCGGUCCCUGCUUUGCCAAUUCGUACUCAAAUAUUUACAUUAGAUUCUCCUUGUUUAACAAUGAUGCUGACCAGGUACGUGAAAGUCACCACCUCUUCCAGUGCUUCUCCAUCAAGUAUGAUUGGAUUCGUUGGUGUUCUCCGUGUUGUGUCUGAGGAUCUUACGUUUCCCCCUGUGUAUGUUCAGGCCUACUGAUGCAGAGGUUGCUGCAGCUACACCGAUUGUCUUCACCUGCAUUUGGUCAUAUGCAUGCUAAAUAUGUAUUUAGUAAGGUGAACAAAUUAUUUGUAUUACUUUUAGAAAGAGAUGAGUGAGUAGUAAAUAAAAAAUUUGUGAAAAUUAUCAUAAGAAUAAAAUAACGUGAAUGUGGAUCAUAUUUGUAUACAUAUGAGCGAAAAAAUAUCUACUAUAAAUAGGCUUGUAAACUGUGGUUAUGGUUAAGAGGGGAAUCUAAUAUUUUUUUACAUGCCAUAAGGCUUUCUAUCCAUAGCUAUUCAUAACUUCUUCAAUAUAAGGUUAGUUUAGCCGUGUAUCUGUAGGAUCUCUAUCUGAUAUCGGGGAAUAAAUCUGAAGCCUAAAAGCAUGUAUUUACUACACAUUUCGGAAUUGAUGGUGUUGUUGACCUUUGUCGUCCUUCGCUAAAGCUCAUUGGUAAGUCUAUCACUCCGACCAACAACGUACAUGCCAGUAUCAUUUAUUUUACAUUCAUAUUUGUCAUUAUCUUUGGAAAAGUCAUGUUUUUUUUAUUUGCCAGAACUAGUUAUAUUUAUUGCUCUUUUAAAAAAUAUUCAUAUCGUAUUUCCUUUUAAUUUUUUAUCAGUGAUUGAUAUCACAAAAAAGCUUUCCAAACUUGGUCUCAAUUCUGUCAAUUUACAGUUGGCUGGAGUUUUGGUUAAUCGUGGGCUGAGUGACUUAGUUUCUACUUUGUUGGAGGUAAUCAUCGUUAUACUUUUUAUGACGAAAGAUAAGUAGGGAGUGGGUUCACUUUGUUUUGUAGGCAGUUAGUGAUUGGCAACAAAGUUACAUUAAUGUUGGAAUCUAUAUAUAGCCAGAUAUAGCUAAGCGAAAUCCAAUCAGUUUUAAAUUUUGCUCACUAAAACACUUAUACACUACUAGCAGGUUCUUUGAGUAAACACGUUUGUUAAUACCUCAAAAUGGUAUGUCUACGUAGUUUGCGAAUGUGAGUUACUAUACAAAAUAUUUUGUCAUGAAUGGCCAUUAGUACGUCGAUAGUUAAUCAAUGUGAUAUAUUUUGUUCUAGUUACUUGAAGACAUUAUUGUGUUAAAUAAUCUUUCCAUCACUUGAUGAUAGCUCAGUUAGAGUUUAUCCACCUGAGAAUUUUCUUAUUCGACACCAUUCUUUAAUUAGAUAUUAUACUAGCAAUCCUCUCCUUAGUUAUUGUACUACAUAACAGAAAGAAGAUAUAAUGAGAUUAUCACCCCUCUAGACUUGUUAAGAAUUAUGCGUUGCAUGUCAAAUUCAACUCCAUGUAUUAUCUCAUUUAUUUCUUAGUACUACAAACGUUUGCGGAAUACAUAUCAAUUGUUAUGAUAUAUGUAUAUAGGAGUUAUGUUACUGACCUAUCAUCCUAACAAAAAACUACGGGAGCAAUAAGAAACCGAAUGAUUAUACUUUCGAAUAUUGUAAUGGUUUCCUAUUCCAACAGUACCAAUAAGUUUUUUUUGCCUUAACACAAUGUGCUAGACACCUUGUACACUAAAUUCGUGUGGUGUCAUGAUCAUUUUAACAAUGAAUAUUAAUUUGUCUUCAAUGUUACUUCUGAUUUAGAAUAACAAAACAGUUCCGUUUACUUUCUUGGUUGGCAAUCCACGAAAUUCAUUGACGAAAUCUGAAUUUCUGUCUUCGGUGGAGUAUCUAAAAUCUGUUGAUUCUCAACAUAUUCCUGGUUUUGUAGAUCAUUGUCUCCGCAAUGCAGCUUUGUCGACAAACGAUGACAACUUAUACCAGUUAAUUCGUGCAGUAGUAUCACCACCGUUCAAUAUGGAUCUUCUUCAAGUUUGUAUACAACCCACUCUCCAAGUUUUACAUCAUCGUUUGGAAGUGAGCGAAAAUUUACCAGAAGAUAUACUUCAAGCUACUCAACCAGUUGUUCAAAAAAUUAGUGCAUUAAAAGCAAAAGCUUCCAAUUGAAUUAGAAAGCUCUUGCCCCUCAUUUCUUUCUUCAAACUGCAAAAUUAUAGGUUUCUUUAUGAAGGAUUUUAAUUGUCUUUAGUCAUCAUCGUGUACAAUAAAUUAUUCGAAUCAGC